UCCAGGUUCCUAUAAAUACGGACUGCAGCCCUCCCUGGUGCUCUCUGCUCCUCCCUGUUCCAGAGACAGCCGCAUCUUUUUGUGCAGUGCCAGCUUCGUCCCGUAGACAAAAUGGUGAAGGUCGGUGUGAACGGAUUUGGCCGUAUUGGGCGCCUGGUUACCAGGGCUGCCUUCUCCUCUGGCUCUGGCAAGGUGGAGAUUGUCGCCAUCAACGACCCCUUCAUUGACCUCAACUACAUGGUCUACAUGUUCCAGUAUGACUCCACCCACGGCAAAUUCAACGGCACAGUCAAGGCUGAGAAUGGGAAGCUUGUCAUCAAUGGGAAACCCAUCACCAUCUUCCAGGAGUACGUAUGCAAAGUGGACGGGAUACUUGGAGAUAGUAAGGGAUGGCAUUAACCCUCUCCUGUCCCC